UGCGAGAGGGGUGAAAGUUCGUUUUCUCCUCCCACCUUUUGGCAGGGCCGAGGCCCGGGUUUGUGGCGCAGCUCCCGGAGCUUGCCUAGGUUUUCACGUGGGGACCAAAAGCAGCUUAUAUCAUUCUCCUCUCCUCCAUUUUUUCCUCUCAACAAACUUGGUGAGAUGGAAGAAGAAAUUGAUGUUGCAGUGGAGAAGACUGAAUCUGUCCCUGAAAACACAGAAAUUGCUGAUACUAAGAAAAAGGGGCCAAGAGGCAGGGGGAGAGGCCGAGGAGGCAGAGGAUACAUUAGAGGAAAAAUGCGAGGCAAGGCACUGAAUGGUUUUGGGCCUGUAAGACGUGGAAUGGGGAGAAUGCGCCCGUACCCAGACAACAGAGGUCGAAGAGGAGCACGAGGGGGACCACUUUUUCCACCAACUAUGCCCAUGAGAGGCAUGAUGAGAGUACCUUUCCUGCCUCCCCCACCACGAUACAGAUUUCCUCUUCCUCCCCCACCACCUGGACCAAUGGGCUUCAGGGGCAGACCUCCUCCCCUCAGAGCUAGAGGGAUGUUACCAUUGCCUCGAGGACACUUUCCACCUCCAAGUGGCUUUCCUAAUGGACCCGGUGCACCAGUCCUUCCGCCACCUGGACGGGGCCAGAGAUGGCCUGGACCGCCAGGUGGCAGAUGCUAUUAAAGAGGCUUAUUCUUUAAAUUCAGAAACAGGGAUACUUGCUUCUCUUUAAGACCAUUUGAAAUGGCUGGACUAAAAACUGCCUGUAAAGUUGGCAAAGAAAACUAAUAGAACUCUGACAUCCCAUAUUUUUCCAGCAGCCCUCAUGCACCGACUUGGUAAAAGCCAUAUAUAUACACACAUAUAUAUAUAUAUUAGAAAAAUUUAAACAUACAGAAAAGAUCUGUGACUCCUUGGACAUUUUCAAGCAUAUCCUUUCAAAGAUGGUGGACACUUGACACCUGCACACUAAAGUUAAAGUCUCUGAAGAGGUCAAGCUUUUUGUUUAAUAUUCAGAUUUUCUAUUUAAAUUGUGUGCAGUUUUUUUAGCGUAGAUAUUGGCCUGUUUCAGUCACCUGUAUCUGUGUGCUCUACAUCUUUUGAACUCUUGUUUCAAAUGCACUUACCUUUUGGUAAUAGUAAAUGCAACAAGGUGCUUCAUCUUUUGAGGGGCAAAUAUACUGUGUGACAUAUCGAAAUGUAACCAAUGCACAAAAUGUAAUGGAUGACACAAAUCCGUGGGUGUUGACUUAAAAAGAAAAGAGAGCGAAUUAUAAAUGAACAAAGACUUUAUGGGUGUCUUGUUAAUUUUUAGAUAAUUGUUCUUCAUAUACAGCUUGACCUCAUGUACGUUGUGUACGUUACUGUAGUGGCUGAACAAAGUAUGUAGCUGAACAUUUGACCAAUUGUAUAAUUACAACUGGUGAUGUUAUCUACAAAAUAAAUGAGGGGAUAUGUUACAUUCUGCAGUGUACGUACUGUUUUAAAUUAUAGACAUUAUAAAUUAACCAUUUUAGGUUUCAUUUUGUUGUUGUGAACUAGAAAAAAGUUUUUUUAAAGAAGUAGAACAUGUAAUCUUGUGUUGCUUGUUGCUGUUGGAAUGACAGAUAAAAUUGUAAUUUUCUGAAACAGCACUGUUUAACGUCAGGGAUGAUCACAGUCUGUACAUUUAUUUUAACUCUUAAUACAUGUUGUGUUCUUCUGUGCUGAGGGCUGAAUUAAAACCUUUUUUUAGCA